AUGAGUGAAGAGAUCGAUAUUUCUGCUCUAUCUACAAUAACUGACUUCACAGGAGGAGAAUUUAUUUUACUUGAGAAAAAUCAAUUCAAUGAGAUUGAAAAAGAGACAUCUACAUUAUGUAACGCAAUACAAAUGCGAUGUUCACUCAAAACAUUGGAAAAUAUUAGAAUUGAAUCGAGUUUUGGAUUUCGACCAAAAAAUCCUGACAAAUUCUCACUUUAUUCGACAGAAUCAGUCAUAUUCCCACUGUCUCUUGUUGGAUUGGGUAAGAAAUCCGUUCCUUUCCAGUUAAUAAUUACUUAUAUUUCUCAUGAAGGAAGAAAACGCAUGAGAGUCUUCACAAGGCAUCUAGACUUGACUGAUAGUAUGUCCUAUGUCUUUAACGAGAGCUACAAAGAUGUUAUUUUGAAAUACAUCGCUUCUUUUCUCGCUGAAAAAGCUUUGCAAAACGAAAAAGACUUCGAAAUGAAGGCAAGGAAUAUUCUCUGGCCAAUAUUCUUUGAUUAUCAAACUCAUGGACUUUAUAAAGAUAAACCUGACCAAUUUAAACUAAUUUACCCCAAAAAUUUGGAAAAUUUAGUUUAUGAAGUUGUUUCUUUAUUACAUUUUUCAGGAUUUUCUGAGUCAACGCCAUUCUAUCGAAAGCUGUACCAAUUAAGACGUCUGAGUACUGCAAAACUUAGUUUUUUGGAGCAAAUCGUAAAUUCAAAGAUUAUUGAUUUAGAAAGAGGCCAAGAAAUCGAACAAAAGAUCGAUAACUUUGAUCAAAACAAGAUAUAUACAUUGUAUGAUGGAUUUACAACGUAUAUUUGGGGAAAUUCCAAAAAUACAAGUUUAGAUCAGAGUCAAUUCCAAGGAGCCGUUUCUCUUGUUAAUCCAGCAAAUGAUAACAUCAUGAGAGAAAGGAUGGUUUACGAAGAUACUCCUUAUUCUUCAUCUCUUUCUAAUUUUUCAGAAAAAUUGCUGGACGAUGUUUUCACAGAAGGACACAAAUUCGUUCUUCACCUCACAGAAGAAGAAAUGAAAAGAUUAGAAGACGCAUUUUGA